GAGGUAGUGUAUCUUCGCAAUGCAAAGAUGGCGAAAAUGGUACCUACCACAGGCCCUGAAGUGUUCCGCCGCUUCACUCCGGAAUCACUGGCAGAGAUCGAGAGGCUCAUCGAGGAAAGAAAAAUCCGAAUGGAAUUAGAGGAUGAGGAGCUGGAAACAGAGCCAACAGCACCUAAAAGUGACCUGGAAGCAGGGAAGACUCUGCCCAUGAUCUAUGGGGAUCCACCAGAGGAGCUGUUCAACAUACCUCUGGAAGAUAUAGACCCCUUCUACAAAACGCAAAAAACCUUUAUUAUCAUCACCAAAGGCAACACAAUCUACAGGUUUAAUGCAGAACCAUCCUGUUACGUUAUCAGCCCAUUUAACCUCAUAAGAAGAGCAGCCAUUAGAAUUCUCAUACAUUCAUUAUUUAGCAUGAUUAUCAUGAUAACUAUUCUCUCCAACUGUGUAUUCAUGACAAUGAGCAACCCUCCUGCCUGGAGUAAAAUUGUGGAGUAUGUCUUUACUGGUAUAUAUACCUUUGAGGCAACAACGAAAGUGGUGUCACGAGGCUUCUGUAUUGGAUCUUUUACAUUCCUUCGUGAUCCAUGGAAUUGGCUGGAUUUCAUGGUGAUCAGCAUGGCGUACAUCACAGAAUUUGUUGACCUUGGCAAUGUGUCAGCGCUUAGGACGUUCCGUGUGCUCAGAGCCCUUAAAACAAUCACUGUUAUUCCUGGCUUGAAAACUAUUGUUGGAGCUCUGAUCCAGUCUGUCAAGAAGAUGGUGGAUGUGAUGAUUCUGACCAACUUUGCUCUCGCCGUGUUUGCCUUGAUUGGCCUGCAGCUAUUCAUGGGUAACCUGCGGCAGAAGUGUAUACGCUGGCCCAUUCCAAACAGCACCAUGGAUGACUACAACUCCACCCUGACCUACAACUCCACUCUGACCUACAACACCACCUUCCUCAACGACACUUUUGACUUCAAAGCCUACAUUGAAAAUGAAGAAAACCAAUACUUUCUGGAAGGAAGCUUAGAUGCUUUACUAUGUGGAAACAGUUCUGAUGCUGGGAAGUGCCCAGAAGGAUAUACAUGUAUGAAGGCUGGAAGGAACCCGAAUUACGGCUACACCAGCUAUGACAAUUUCGGCUGGGCUUUUCUUGCUCUCUUUAGGCUCAUGACUCAGGACUACUGGGAAAAUCUCUUUCAGCUGACUCUCCGUGCAGCUGGAAAAACCUACAUGCUUUUUUUUGUGGUGGUCAUAUUUCUGGGAUCAUUCUACCUCAUCAACUUAAUCCUGGCUGUAGUUGCCAUGGCAUAUGAUGAACAGAACCAGGCCACAAUUGCUGAGGCCCGAGAAAAAGAGGAAGAAUUUCAAAGAAUGCUGGAGCAGCUCAAUAACCAAGAGCAACAGUUGCAAAGUAGUAGUAAGGCAUCGUUGGCCAGUCAGACAACUCUGAGCAGAGAGUCAGAAAUGGCAGAUGAUGGGGAUGAUGUAAUAAAGGACCGUAAUGGAAGGAUUAUUCCCCGUCUGGUCAUCCAUAGAGCCCCGACUAUGAAAGAGUCAGCAUCAGAUGAUGAGCAAAAAGUUGACAAGAAAUCAAUAUGCUCCAAACAUAGCAUGAUGCACCUGGAACAUCCUGGGAUCUCACAGAGGACAGCCAGUGCAUUGAGCGUGCUGAGUGUGACUAGGGAAGAGUUGGCGGAGGCCCAGAGGCCUUGUCCGCCUGGCUGGUAUAAGUUUGCUGACAUCUUUUUAAAGUGGGACUGCUGUAAACCAUGGAUAGUCUUCAAGAAAUGGGUCCAUUUUGUGGUGAUGGAUCCCUUUGUGGACCUAGGCAUUACAAUUUGUAUUGUGCUCAAUACACUGUUCAUGGCUAUGGAGCACUAUCCAAUGAGUCCAGAAUUUGAACAUGUACUAUCUGUUGGCAACUUGGUGUUUACUGGUAUUUUCACGGCAGAAAUGGUGUUCAAGCUCAUUGCAUUGGAUCCCUACUACUACUUCCAGGUGGGCUGGAAUAUAUUUGACAGCAUCAUCGUCACUCUUAGCCUGGUGGAGUUAGGUCUGGCCAACGUGCAGGGUCUGUCUGUCCUCAGAUCCUUCCGUUUGCUGCGAGUCUUUAAGCUGGCUAAAUCCUGGCCCACGCUCAACAUGCUGAUCAAAAUCAUCGGUAACUCAGUGGGCGCUCUAGGGAACCUGACUCUGGUGCUGGCCAUCAUUGUCUUCAUCUUCGCCGUUGUAGGCAUGCAGCUCUUUGGCAAAAGCUACAAGGACUGCGUGUGUAAGAUUGCAGAGGACUGCGAGCUACCUCGCUGGCACAUGAACGAUUUUUUCCAUUCGUUCCUCAUUGUCUUUCGUAUCCUGUGUGGCGAAUGGAUUGAAACCAUGUGGGAUUGCAUGGAAGUGGCUGGAGGGGCCAUGUGCCUUGUGGUUUUCCUCAUGGUCAUGGUCAUAGGAAACCUGGUGGUGCUGAACCUGUUCCUUGCUUUGCUGCUCAGCUCAUUCAGCGGGGACAAUCUCUCAGCAGGUGAUGAAGAUGGUGAGAUGAACAAUCUCCAGAUUGCCAUUGGCCGCAUCACCAGAGCCAUUGACUGGAUCAAAGCCUUUAUCAUCAGCACUGUACAGCAGAUAUUGGGCAGGAAGCCUCCAGAGGCCGAAACAGGGGAAACAGGAAAAAAGGAAAGUUUUACAUUAAACCACCUUGAUAAAGACCAGAUGGCAGAUGGGUUAGCCAACUGUCUGGAGACGCUGACCCUGAAUGUGCCGAUUGCCAAAGCUGAGUCUGAUGUCGAUGAUGAAGAGUCAGAGGAUUUAUCAGAAGAAGAGGAUGCAAACAAAAAGAAGGGUCAGGGUGUCCUCAAUGAUGGAGACUCUUCAGUGUGUAGCACAGUGGACUAUAGGCCUCCAGAACCCCCACCUGAGGAAGAGGAGGAAGUUGAACCAGAGCCUGAAGAUCCAGAAGCUUGUUUUACUGAAAACUGUGUAAGACGAUGUCCAUGUCUGAAUGUGGACAUCACUCAAGGAAAGGGAAAGAAUUGGUGGAAUCUGCGCAGAACUUGCUACACCAUAGUGGAACAUGAUUACUUUGAAACCUUCAUCAUCUUUAUGAUCCUUCUCAGUAGCGGUGCGCUGGCUUUUGAGGACAUUUACAUCGAGCGUCGCAGGACAAUUAAGAUUAUCUUGGAGUAUGCAGAUAAAGUCUUCACAUAUAUAUUUGUAGUAGAGAUGUUACUGAAAUGGGUUGCAUAUGGCUUCAAGACUUACUUUACCAAUGCCUGGUGCUGGCUGGAUUUUUUAAUCGUUGAUGUGUCACUUAUCAGUUUGACAGCAAAUCUGUUGGGCUAUUCAGAACUGGGGCCAAUAAAAUCUCUCCGAACUCUUAGGGCUCUUCGACCUUUACGAGCUUUGUCCAGAUUUGAAGGAAUGAGGGUGGUAGUGAACGCAUUGCUGGGCGCCAUUCCGUCCAUCAUGAAUGUGCUCCUGGUGUGUCUUAUAUUCUGGCUCAUCUUCAGCAUUAUGGGUGUCAACUUGUUUGCUGGAAAAUUCUACCGCUGCAUUAAUACCACAACAGAAGAACUUUUCCCCAUCGACCAAGUGAACAACAUGAGUGACUGCAUAGCGCUAAUGCACACUAAUGAAUCGCGCUGGGUCAAUGUCAAGGUCAACUAUGACAAUGUGGGGUUAGGUUACCUUUCGCUGCUACAAGUGGCUACAUUUAAAGGCUGGAUGGACAUUAUGUAUGCUGCAGUAGACUCCAGAGAGAUUGAAGACCAGCCGUCAUAUGAGAUUAACUUAUACAUGUAUCUGUAUUUUGUAAUCUUCAUCAUCUUUGGCUCCUUCUUCACCCUCAACCUCUUCAUUGGUGUCAUCAUAGACAACUUUAAUCAGCAAAAACAAAAGAUAUGUGGGGAAGAUCUCUUUAUGACAGAGGAGCAGAAAAAGUACUACAAUGCCAUGAAAAAGCUGGGUUCCAAGAAGCCUGUUAAACCCAUACCUCGUCCCACAAAUAUAAUCCAGGGUGUGGUGUUUGACUUCAUCUCUCAGCAAUUUUUUGAUAUCUUCAUCAUGGUGCUUAUUUGCCUCAACAUGGUUACCAUGAUGAUUGAGACAGAUGACCAAAGUGAAGAGAAAGAAAAUGUUCUUUACCAGAUCAACUUGGUCUUUAUCGUUGUCUUCACUGGGGAGUGCAUCCUAAAAAUGGUGGCGCUGAGACAAUACUUUUUCACCGUGGGAUGGAAUGUGUUUGAUUUCAUUGUUGUCAUCCUUUCUAUAGCUGGACUUAUGCUGUCAGACAUAAUUGAGAAGUACUUUGUGUCCCCCACCCUGUUCCGUGUCAUUCGCUUGGCUAGAAUUGGACGUGUGCUUCGUCUUAUUAAAGGAGCAAAGGGCAUCAGGACACUUUUAUUUGCUCUGAUGAUGUCACUUCCUGCUCUGUUCAACAUCGGCCUACUUCUCUUCCUUAUCAUGUUUAUCUUUUCCAUCUUUGGCAUGUCUAACUUCGCCUAUGUAAAAAAGCAGGCUGGCGUCGAUGACAUUUUUAACUUUGAGACCUUUGGGAAUAGCAUCCUGUGCCUAUUUGAGAUCACAACUUCAGCUGGUUGGGAUGGGCUCCUACUCCCCAUGCUUAACAGUGGUCCUCCUGACUGUGACCCUGAUUUUGAAAAUCCUGGAACAGAUGUAAUGGGCAACUGUGGAAACCCAGGCAUGGGCAUAAUGUUCUUCUGCAGUUAUAUUAUCAUGUCUUUCUUAGUGGUGGUGAACAUGUAUAUCGCCAUCAUCUUGGAGAAUUUUAAUGUUGCCCAGGAGGAGAGCAGUGACCUGCUGUGUGAGGAUGACUUUGAGAUGUUUGAUGAGACUUGGGAGAGGUUUGACACAGAAGCCACUCAGUUUUUGCCCUAUGAACAAGUGUUUGAUUUUGUAGAUGCACUACAAGAACCCUUGCGCAUUCACAAACCUAACAGAAUCAAACUUGUCAAUAUGGAUCUGCCAGUUGUAAUAGGGGACAAGAUUCACUGUCUAGAUAUCAUGUUGGCCGUCACCCAAAACGUGCUAGGAGAUACUACUGAGAUGGCGGCCAUGAGGGAGAGCAUGGAGGCAAAGUUCAAAAUGAAUAACCCAAGUCCCGAAUCCUUUGAGCCCAUCAUCACCACUCUGAGGAGAAAGGAGGAGGAGCGGGCCGCCAUUGUUAUUCAAAAUUCAUUCCGCAAACAUCUCCUCAAACGCUCUAUCCGGCAUGCCUCCUUCAUGCAUCGCUCUAAGAAAAGAAAAGUAAGGCGGCAGGGGGAUGAAGAGCCACCAGAAAAAGAGGGUCUGCUAGCACGCAAGAUGACUGCCCUAUAUGGCAGCAACGCAGAGCUUGCUAUGGCUCUGGAGCUUAAGUCUAGGCCUAUGCCAGUCAAAUCAACUUCAUCUGGACUCCCAAUGCCGGCACCUUUUCGUCGGACCCAAGGCCAUCAGAGGAUAGUGCCAGUCGAAGUUACAAAUGACGUAGUUCUCCGUUCUGCACCCACAUCUAUGCCGAACUCUUCAAGUUCAGACAUGGCAGCAGGAAAUGAAUCAGUCAUAUAGUUGAGAGACAAUGUUUUUUCAUAUUUUAAGCAGAGAGUGAUGUGUUUAACUGGUGUAUCACUGGCACAAAAAGAAACAAUACUGAUGCUCUUAAACACAUCAAUUUUAUAGAGUUGUUGAGGUGAUAUUUAUUGGUGUCCAGUAGUGAUAUUUGUUAUCACAAUAGAUUCUGUUUUAGGAGCUAAGUUGUUAACUGUUCCAUGCUCGAAGAUGAAACACUUAUCCUGUGGCAAACCUUACAUUAGUCUGGCUAUUGCUUCCCAUGUUCCCAAAAUCCACAGUGUUUUUUUUUUUUUUUUUUUUUGUGCAGGCAUGUUGAGCAUAUAACAUUGUUCACUUCCUGGUAUUAACGUGAAUUAUUAAACAUUAUUUCCUCUCCCUUCACCCUAAAGCUGCUGUAACUAGUUCCUGAUAUGUCUUGGAACCUCUCGUUCCUUUGCACUAUUUUUAGACCCCCAUUUCAUGGCCUGCCAGUUUACAGCAGGGAGAUAGAAUAAGUAAAACAGGCUCUGAUCAAUGACACGGGAGGUAUCCUGUCACAUUGGGCACUAUGUGCAACUGCAUAAGGCAUACAUAACCAGUACAGUACAUACUUUCUGUAGUUUUUAUUACAAAUCUUCUGAAAAUACUUGGAUCAGUUCAACCUCAUUAGGGAUUAAAAACAGUAUGGUAAAAUGUUUUUCAGAAUAUUAUAAUUAGUCGUCUUCAUACCAUUAUAGCGCUAUUUUCGUGAUCAUGACAGAAAAGCAUAAAAAAGGCAUAAGACUGAGAGUCCAAGGGUGUGGCAGAGGAAUAUUUAUGACCAUGGGUGCAGUCAGCGACCUGGUCCAGAAGGGUGUGGUUAAAAUUAAUACAUUAUCAAAAGAUGUCCCAGUGAUAUCCACUCAAAUAAGCUUUUCUUAUUAGUGUCAGCACAAUUAUGUUUGCGUCUAUUGUUUUUUGUGAGCCUUUACUCACAUGUGGGCACUCUUAUGCUUAUUUUGUCUAAUUCCUCUUCUGUUGGCACUGUUUCUGUGUUGUUAUGCAUCAGCUAUCUGGGUAAAAUUACAUGCUCAGAUAUAAUUAGUUAGUAGUUGUGUGACCUGUUCUUAUGAAAGACAUGAUAUCAUUAGUACACUCACAAAAAUAUGCUGUAAGAAAUCUCUGCAGACUCGAACUUGAACAU